AGGUGCACCACCAGCGACAACCACAACAGGCGCACCACCAGCUACAACGACAACAGGCGCACCACCAGCUACAACUACAACUGGUGCACCACCAGCUACAACUACAACAGGUGCACCACCAGCUACAACUACAACAGGCGCACCACCAGCUACAACUACAACAGGUGCACCACCAGCUACAACUACAACAGGCGCACCACCAGCUACAACUACAACAGGUGCACCACCAGCGACAACCACAACAGGCGCACCACCAGCUACAACGACAACAGGCGCACCACCAGCUACAACGACAACAGGCGCACCACCAGCUACAACUACAACAGGCGCACCUGAAGCCACAACUACAACAGUUGCACCACCAGCCACAACUACAACAGGCGCACCACUAGCUACAACUACAACAGGCGCACCUCCAGCUACAACGACAACAGGUGCACCACCAGCUACAACUACAACAGGUGCACCACCAGCUACAACUACAACAGGCGCACCACCAGCUACAACUACAACAGGCGCACCACCAGCUACAACUACAACAGGUGCACCAUCAGCUACAACAACAACAGGUGCACCACCAGCUACAACAACAACAGGCGCACCACCAGCUACAACUACAACAGGCGCACCACCAGCUACAACUACAACAGGCGCACCACCAGCUACAACGACAACAGGCGCACCACCAGCUACAACGACAACAGGCGCACCACCAGCUACAACUACAACAGGCGCACCACCAGCUACAACGACAACUGGCGCACCACCAGCUACAACGACAACAGGCGCACCACCAGCUACAACGACAACAGGCGCACCACCAGCUACAACGACAACAGGCGCACCACCAGCUACAACGACAUCAGGCGCACCACCAGCUACAACUACAACAGGCGCACCACCAGCUACAACUACAACUGGCGCACCACCAGCUACAACUACAACAGGCGCACCACCAGCUACAACUACAACAGGAGCACCUCCAGCAACAACGACAGUAAGAACGACCACACGUAAGAACGUUUGCAUACUGGAAGGCCAAGAAUACAGUCAUGGUGAAGUAAUCAAGAAAGAUGAAUGUACUGAUUGUAAAUGUGAGUACGGUGAUAUGCAAUGCACCAACACAAGCUGUGGAUUGUGGUCGGAAUGGUCAGGAUGCUCAGAAACAUGUGGCAACGGAACAAAGACCCGAAAUAGGACGUGUGCGAAACCAGAGUGCCAUAAUACAACCGAAUCAGUUACUUGCAACGAUCGACCAUGUGAAGAAAGAUGCGAUGUGAGUAGCUGGACUGAAUGGACGGCGUGUAAUUGUUCGAAGAGUAUUACUGAAAAGACAAGGACAAGGAUUGUAACGAAAGUCGGCGAGAGCAUAGACUGUAAGGGAUUCAAGCUCGAGGAGAAUGAGCAAUGCGAUUGCAAUAAGACGUGCGAAGAGCCAAUGGUACUGAGCAAUUGCUCUUCCGAAUGCCCGUAUAAAUGUGACCAUAUAGUCGGCAGUGUUGAAUGCGUCCAGUCAACUUGUACCAAGGGUUGUCGCUGCGCAGAGGGAUACCUUCUUCAGGACGAGGAAUGUGUCAAACGGGAAGAAUGCAAAUGUCCCUUUGAUAUGAGCUUCUUCAGUACAACACCAGUAGCCACAACCCUGAUAGGAGGUGGCACAACGCCACAAGGUGCAACCACAACACCAGGACAAGGCGGCCCAACCACAACACCAGGCGGCCCAACCACAACGCCCCAAGGACCAGGCGGCCUAACCACAACGCCACAAGGACCAGGCGGCCCAACAACAACGCCAAAAGGACCAGGCGGCCCAACAACAACGCCAAAAGGACCAGGCGGCCCAACAACAACGCCAAAAGGACCAGGCGGCCCAACAACAACGCCAAAAGGACCAGGCGGCCCAACCACAACGCCACAAGGACCAGGCGGCCCAACCACAACGCCACAAGGACCAGGCGGCCCAACCACAACGCCACAAGGACCAGGCGGCCCAACCACAACGCCACAAGGACCAGGCGGCCCAACCACAACGCCACAAGGACCAGGCGGCCCAACCACAACGCCACAAGGACCAGGCGGCCCAACCACAACGCCACAAGGACCAGGCGGCCCAACCACAACGCCACAAGGACCAGGCGGCCCAACCACAACGCCACUAACAACAACGCCACAAGGACCAGGCGGCCCAACCACAACGCCACCAGGACCAGGUGGCCCAACCACAACGCCACAAGGACCAGGCGGCCCAACAACAACGCCACAAGGACCAGGCGGCCCAACCACGACGCCACAAGGACCAGGCGGCCCAACAACAACGCCACAAGGACCAGGCGGCCCAACCACAACGCCACCAGGACCAGGCGGCCCAACCACAACGCCACAAGGACCAGGCGGCCCAACCACAACGCCACAAGGACCAGGCGGCCCAACCACGACGCCACAAGGACCAGGCGGCCCAACCACAACACCAGGACAGGGCAAUACCCCGCCACCAAAUAUACCUCCAAACGAAUGGGUUGUGUACGACUGCAAAAACUGUACUUGCGAACCGAAUGUUGGAAUGCGAUGCAAAGAUAUGAAUUGUACAACACCCCCUGAAUGGAGAACAUGGUCCCCCUGGUCAGCAUGCAGCGCCAAAUGUGGCUCGAGCACAAGGUCGAGAAGCAGAGAAUGCCAACUUGGCAAAAAUAACCCGAAGCAGUGCGAUGGCCUAGACAAGGACACUCAACCAUGUACGGAACAGGUGUGUCCGUGUCAACUGGACCCAGCUACAAUCAAGGAAGCCACUGGAAAGGAUGACCUCGAGCAAGGAACCGCGUGGGUUGAGAUCGAUGGCGAGAAAGGAAUGACAUUAGGCGACCGAUUGCUUAAUAAAAAUGAUGUAAUAGCAGAAGGCGUUCAGAUACAUAUGAAUUGCAGAAUUUGUACUUGCAAGGACGAGAAACUUUAUUGUGACAAAAAGAACUGCACUGAAUGCACAUGGAACACUUGGACUACGUGGUCUACCUGCACAGAAACAUGUGGGGGCGGAAAUAAGACCAGGACAAGAACAGAAAACAAGGGCAGCCCGCCUUGUGAAGGGCCACCCAGUGAAGUCGUCGGUUGUAACGAGGAUACUUGCCCAACGGAUGGUGGAUGGUCAACCUGGACACCGUGGAGCGAAUGCGAAAAGGAUUGCGGAGGUGCUAUAAGAAAGCGUAGCAGAGAGUGCGACAACCCCGUUCCCAACGACAAAGGAAAGAAAUGUGAGGGACUUAAGGAAGAGGAAGGAAUUUGCAAUCAACCAGAUUGUCCGGAGAACUGCACUGACCUACACACGGUCUGGAGUAACUGUUCAAACGACUGUACUGACGACUGGUCGCUAACAUGUGGACAGAUGGCUGGCAUCGCGGCGUGUGUAAGGCCAGAAGCUUGCAUUCCAGGAUGUCGAUGCAAGAAAGGAUUUGUCAAGAACGACAAGGGCGAGUGCACACAGGAGUGUCCGUGCUACGUUAACGGCACAGUGGUGCAACGAAACAAUGAGACGGACUUCCCCGAAAGAUGCGAGAAGUGUAAAUGCGACAUGAAUGGACAGUAUGUCUGCAGGAAAUACACUUGCGAUCGUGAUUGCACAUAUAGCCCAUGGCGAGAUUGGGGACCUUGCUCCGUAACCUGUGGAACAGGCAAACAAGACGCUAAGCGUGAUAUUCUAACAAAACCGAGUGGUAAUUGCUCAAAAGCAUUGACGAGAUACCAGGAAUGCAACAAUCGGGACUGCGUAUGUAAGGAGAAUGGAGUAAUAUACAAUGUUGCUGAAAAGUUCCAACGUCCAAACGAAUCAUGCAACAUCUGCAUGUGUAAUUCUGACCUCGAUAUCACCUGCGGAUUAGAUCCAAGCAAAGUCGUGAAUGGCGAGAUGGGACCUUGGGACACGUGGCUCCAAUGCUCGGCAAAAUGUGGUAAAGGUAAAAAGAGCAGAGGCAGAACCUGCAAAGAGCCAGAAUGUGGCGGUGCACCAUGUCAGGGCAACAAAACAGAGGAAGUGGUCUGUGAGCUAGAGAAGUGCCCUGAGCGCUGCGAAUGGUCCUGGCUCAGUUGGAGCGAUUGCAAACCUAACUGUGGCAAUAACAGCGUACGAAAUCGAACGAUCACCUGCGAAUGUCUAACGAAACCGUGUGAUCAAUGCAAUUGCCUUGACCAAACGCCACCGGCACCAGAGUCAGAACCGUGUAACGACCAGAAACCAUGCAAACAGGACUGUGAAGUGAGCAGUUGGAGUUCCUGGACAGCUUGUGUAUACGCGGUCAAUUGCAGUGAUGGACAAAAGACUCGUCAAAGAGAGAUCACGGUACCAAAGGUCGAGGAUGGAGAGGACUGUCCUAAAUUGGAAGAAACCGAACGUUGUCCAAAGACGUGUGACGAAUGUCUUCCUCCGCGAUUGAAGGAUAUGUGUGUCAAUCCUUGUGACAAGACCUGUCAGCACGCAAGGCAGACAGCAGAAUGCACAAAUAAUGGAACAGAAUGCGUUCCAGACUGCAGAUGUCCAGCCGGAAUGUACGAACACGAAAAUGGAACUUGUGUACCGAAGAACGAAUGCGGGUGUGAGUGGGAUUCGACCAAGUUCGGACCUAAACCAGCGGGUGAUCCAAAAUACUAUCCUGACGGAUAUGUCCUCUCUAGGGUUCCUGAUAGUUGUAAUAAUUGCACAUGUGUGGGAUACGAAUGGAGUUGCACUGUCGAGAGUUGCAGCAUUGACUGUGAGUGGGGCGAUUGGGAACAAGAAGGCGUUUGUUCAGAAAGCUGCGGCAAUGGUAUCCAGAAGUGGAAGAGAGACAUCAAGGUUAACAAGAAGGGAAGCGGCAGUGAAUGCGUGGGAAACAAAACUAAGGAAGAGAAGUGCAAGGAGAAAGAUUGCCCAUGUGAAGACAACGCGGAAUUUAGUGAGGAUACCCAGUGUGAGGACACUUGCACUGACCUGCUAAACAACACCUACGCCAAGAAAUCUUCCAAUUGCACGAAUAAAUGUAAAUGUAAACGCUCUGAGGGUUUCUAUCGACAAGGAGAUAAGUGUGUCAGUGCCGCUACCUGCGAACAGUGUAUCGUUGAUGGAAUUACCUACCAGAAUAACGAAUACUUGCCGAAGAAACCAGAAAAUCCAUGUGAAAAGUACAGGUGUUCCAGAUCCAAAGUCGUAAAGGAAGAAGACUGCAACGACAACAAACGUUGUGAGGAUAAUGAAAUAAGGGUACGCAUGGCAGGAACAACAUGCUGCUUCGAAUGCAAACCAGCACCGGUCUGUAAAGCGGUUAGCAAGGAGGUGAACCUGCGUGAUUUCCUAUCUAGCCUUCAGCUACUAAAAAGUGUGCCAUGCGUAAUUAAUGAAACUCAGGCGAUUGUGAUACAGGAAUGUGCAGGAACCUGCCAGUUCCAGAAAUCCGCUUCAAAACUCUCAUGGACAGUGCAAGGGAGUAAACUGACAGAAUUCGAGGGAUAUAUUCAGGACUGCUCAUGUUGCACACCUUCAUACGAAACCACACCAACACCGAUUGCCUUUAAAUGUCUUGAUGAUUCGACAAACAUGCUGUACAUGAACAAGAUAUCGAAUUGUGAAUGUUCGAAAUGCCUCGGACCUCCUUAAAGCUAAUGAAUGGACCAGACGCGAAUCCUACGACCAACCAAACACGAAUCCACGGAUAACGAGAAUUGAAACAAUAGUCUUCCUAUUAUAUUAGACCCCGAUCUUUCACUGGGAAGAAAAAUCACUGUAAAACGUUCUUCCGAAUAUUACCCAGGUCCAGAUUUGACGCAAAUAUUAUUGUAGCAAUAUUAUGUUUUAUUGGAAGAAACUGUAGCGCUUUUUGACAAAGUGAAGUUGAAAUUCGUUUCCAAUUACAUACAGAGAGAUGAUCACCAUAUUGUAUACCGGUACUGUAUAAGCAAUUCAGCAUCGUCAUGUUACAUGCAUACAAAAUCAUACCUGGUGUUUUAAGAGUCAAAGGAUUACACAAUGGCCACCGUGAAAGGCACACCUAAACUUGAUGUUACAAUAGGCAAGGAUUGAUUGCAGGUCAUGCAACUUGUAAGAAGAUGUAACAAAUUACAUGUGAUCAAUUGUCUUGAUUUGAACUUUGCACACUAAUAGAUAUUAUACAAAUGCAGUCUGAUUGCAUGAGUCUAGUACAUGUCCGUUCGUUUGAAACGUUCGCCUUACAGUUUGCAACCAAACUCACUUUGUAUCACCCCUCUAAUCCUAUUAACUGCUACUAUAACAACAGCGUAAUAUUGCAAUGAACCUUUAUAUUGCGUGCUGUAAAAGUGCCUGUGUGUGGUUGUUACUAUUGACACGUCCUUACCGAUGAGAUAAAAUUUCCUUUAAAGAGCUGUAUUGUUAAAAUAACACACUAUAAAGGCAUCUGAAAUGAACAGCAAUUUUUUCAAUACAAAAACGUUUGGGUGUACAUGUAGAUAAAGAUUAUGUAUACAACAAUAUGAUAACAUGCAAUGUGCAUCAUGUACAUGUACAUCAUGUACAUGUACAUUCCACAUCAAAAAUAAUUCCCAUACAUAUUGUUGUCAUUUUGUACAACUGUAUAUGACAAUGCACCAGUUCAUAAAGGAAAUGGCGUGAUUAACAUGUGGCCACUAUCAUCUCAAUUCAGGUAUGGCAUCAAUUACCUAGGAGAGGAAGGAUACAUGAGUAAGAUUCCAAUUCAACGUGCUUAACUAUACACAAGCAAGCUUUUAGUAAAUUAGUACUCCACAGACGAAGCGGAUCUAAAAUCGGCGUACCCUAUUCUAUUUCGUAUAUUAUGUUGUGAAUGGCAAAGAUGGCCUCAAUCACUUAUUUAGCUAUUGACUUUCUCUUCCACAUGGCAAUGACGUGUUGCCAAAACCACACGCUCAAAAAUAGUGUAAAAACCAUAUGAAAUUUACUCAAAAAUUCCGAACUCACGAUGUGCCUAUUACAAACAGACUGGCCGUCACCUUUUUCAUUGCUAGGCUUAUUCAGUUGCCUGUGAAAAGAAUCGAAUAAAAAAACAUUCAAAGGGCCAAGAUCCGUCUCGCAAACAUGCGACCGAAAUAUAAUCGUUCUGUUCGUUCUCAUUUCCAUGUCCCAUAGACGUCUAUUAAACUCAAAUAAGCAGAAAA